AUGGCGAACAUAUUCGACCAAGUAAGACGAAAAGGACAACUACCGCCUGUUUCCAGAAAUAACGGCGGGACCGCAAGCCAAACCGGUGCGACAUCGGCAACAAUACCGGCAACACUGGGGGGUAAAGUGUACCAAUAUGGAAACGGGGCCACCAAAGUAGUGGACCCAGUUGUGGCCCAACUUAAGGAGAAGAGGCGGCUAGAAAAGGAAAAGAAGGAACAAGAAAUGAGACAGAAGAAAGGACUUGCUCCCAAGACUUCUUCUAAGCCUUCAGCACCAAGAUCAAGAGCACCAUCAGGACCAAGGCAACCUUCAUCAUCUUCAUCUUCAUCAAGAUCUAAUGGUAGUCGAAACCAAGGACGACCAUCGUCGACUCGUGCUCCACUGCAUGGCGCUCCACUGUUUCCUUCUUCAUUUGUGGAGAGGAAACCACCUGCUAAGAAGUUGAACUUCAAUGAUCUCAUGAAGAAAGCCUCAACUAUAGAUCAGGCUACACUUGCCCUCUCUAUAAAAGGUAAGUCCAAAUCCCCAGAACAUACUAAACCUGUUAAAGGAGGUCUCAAUAAUAAUAGUAAUAAUAGUGCCAAUGAAGGUCGACGUCCAACGCUGAGAGACAUUCAAAGAGCCCCACACACCAAACAACGACCACCAUCAUCAUCCACAAGAACCAAUGGAGAAAGCGCAAAAUCUAGAUACGGUUCUCCGCAGCCUAUAAUCAGAGAACCAGUUUCUGUAAGAGCCCCUAUCCCGGUUAGAGGGCCCUCUGCUCACUUGCUGCAGAAGUUGAAAUCAAAGAAAGAAGCACCCAGACUGAGUAACAAUAGGAAUGUUCCUUCCAUUCGAAAUGGCGCAGCAGGCUAUGAUGAUCAUGAUAACUACUCUGACGAUGACGAAUUGGACUCGUUUGUGGUGGACGAUGAGGAGGAAGAAGAAGAGUACGGGCAAGAACAACACUAUGGACAAAGCAGAAGGAAUGAUAUUUACAGUCACAAGGAUACUGGAUACGACAGAGACGAGAUUUGGGCUAUGUUCAAUAGAGGUCGUAAGAGAUCUUAUUAUAACUCGUAUGACGAUUAUGAUUCUGAUGAUAUGGAAGCUACUGGGGCAGAGAUCCUUGAGGAAGAAACCAGAUCCAGACGUCAAGCAGAGGUUGAAGAUAGAAGAGAGUUGGAAGAGGAGAAGAGAAGAGCUGCUAUGAAACGAGCAAGAUAUGGUUGA